AUGCGAGUUUUUCGUCCGUUCUUUGUGAGCUUGAACCUGCCAUACUCUGUGAUCAGGGGAGAGAAAGUUAUCCUGCAGGCAAUCGUCUUCAACUACUUGCCGGAAGAUCUGACGGUGCAGGUAACUCUUGCUCUAUCAAAAAGCUUCUCCAACAUCUUGAUUGAUGCUAAAGGACAGGAACAAACUUCACAGAAAGAAAUAGUUCAAAAUGUUUUGGUAAGAGCAGGUGAUGCCAAGUCUGUCUUUUUCCCAAUUACUCCAUUGGAACUUGGAAAAAUUGACAUUGAAGUGAAAGCUCGGUCAACAAAAGCUGCAGAUGCAAUCAGAAGACAGUUACUGGUCAAGGCUGAGGGCGUCUCCAAAGAUUACAAUAUCGCCGUGUUGAUUGACCUCACCGAGGGAAAGAACUCAUUCAGCCAAACCGUGAAUCUGUCCUUACCUACAAAUGUUGUCAAGGAGUCACAGCGUGUGAGAAUUUCUGCUGUUGGUGACUUGAUGGGACCUACCAUCGGCGGCCUGGACUCUCUGCUGCAGAUGCCUAUGGGUUGUGGAGAGCAGACUAUGCUGUCAAUGGCUCCAGAUGUCUACAUCACUGACUAUCUGACGGCCGUCAACCAGUUGACUGCUGACAUUAAAUCAAAGGCUCUUAACUACAUGGAAUCAGGUUACCAGAGAGAGCUGACAUACAAACACAAGGAUGGUUCAUUCAGUGCUUUUGGAGAGAGUGACAAGUCUGGAAGCAUGUGGCUGACUGCCUUUGUGAUGAGAGUCUUCAACCAGGCAAAGCCCCACAUUUACAUUGAUGAACAAGUUAUGAUCACUUCACUUCGAUGGAUCAUUGCCAAACAGAACAGUGAUGGCAGCUUCCCAGAGCCAGGAGUCGUCAUCCACACAAGCAUGCAGGGAAAUGCUGCUGGAGGCAUAGCCUUGACCUUGUAUGUCAUGAUAACCCUGCUGGAGAACAAAGACAGGCUGGUGGAUAAUCCAGAGAAACAUCUUUUAUUGACUAUGAUUGUUCUUCUUUUCUCUCCUUUUGUCCAACUUCAAUUUUCCACAGAUGGUCUGACAUUCUGGCAUCAAGUCCAAGCUCCCAAGACAUCAACUUCAUCAUGGGAGAGCCCGAACCCCACGCAGUCCACUGACACGGAAAUGACUGCUUACAUUUUGCUGACCUACAUUGUUCGUGGUGAAAUAGCCAAAGCUAAAAAUAUUGUCCAGUGGCUCAUCAAGCAAAGAAGUCCCCAUGGUGGCUUCCAGUCAACACAGGACACUGUGGUUGCUCUGCAUGCACUGAGUCAGUUUGCCAAGAUAAUUUACAGCAAAAAUUUCAACUUGCAAGUGACAGCCACAUUGAGUCCAUCUGAGGUCUACACGUUCAACAUUGACCAGAGCAAUGCCCUAGUGCUGCAGACUCAUGAGACUAAAGACGUUCCUAGUAAAGUCAAGAUUGAUGCAACUGGAUCAGGAAUAGGAUUGGUUGAAGUUGCUGUUUACUUCAAUGUUGAGUCUGACAUAGGGGAAGUGACCUUUGAACUGUCAGUCAAAUUGGUUGAAGAGACAAUGAAGCAUCUUCUAGUUGAAACCUGCACCAAAUGGAUAGGUGAAGGUGCUUCAAGUGGAAUGGCCAUUCAAGAAUUUGGGAUUCCUUCCGGUUUUAAAUUUGACAUAGAUAGCUUCCGUCAAAUUGACAUCUUAAAGAAAAUUGAGUUUGAGGACAGGAAGGUUGUUUUUUACUUUGAUAAGAUCGGUACCACCCCCAUCUGUCUCCAAAUGAGGGUUAAGAGAGAUGGUCUGGUCGCCAAGAGCCAACCUGUGCCAGUGAAAGUCAUCGACUACUACAAUCCAAACAACCAAGUGACAGUUUUUUAUCAGUCUGCGAUCCUGAAGAAUUCGACAAUUUGUGAUGUUGUCAAUGAAGUGGACAACUGUGUCUCAGUCAGCAAGUAA